GGGAUUUCCUUUUAGCAAAAAAGAGAAGGGGUGGUGGGAGGAGGGGAAACAGAAACCCCGUCGCCGUGCAUUUCGAGCCUCUUUGCUGCUUCUGUUUUGCUUUGCUUUUCCCUUGCUAGAGGGGGAAAUGUGCGCAAGCGGCACCCCCGGAACGAAAAGGAUGGAGGCUUCGUUUCCCGGCCGGCUGCUGUUUCGGUGAGCUCGGCGGCGGCGGGAUGGUUGCUACUACGGCGCAGUGGCGGUGAUCGCUCCGCGCGCCAUGGAGGAAGAGGACGCGGUGAGGUUGGGGCGCAAAGAGGAAGGGGAAGGGUCCCUUCAGCUGCCCCUGAGAAGGACAGAGGGUUGGGAUGUGGGGCAGGCAGGAAGCCCUGGGCUUGAGUAUCACGAGGGAUGCAGACAGGACGCAGCCUGUUCGGGGCGAGCUUAGUAAUAAGCCCUUUGGGUCAAGUGGGAGUGGUUUAGGGUUCCCAUUUCUUUUCCAGCAGGCUGCACAGUUCAACAGGUUAAGCUGCCAUCUCCUCCUGCACCAGACUGGGGAAAGCUUCCUCUGUUGAACGACGCCUUCCGUGCAGCUGUUAAAAAAACCAAAACCAAAAGAGGGUCUGGAGGAUGUAGGUUGGGGGCAGUGCCGGAUUUACGUUUAAGCUAAACAAGCUAUAGCUUAGGGCCCCACUCCCUUGGGGGCCCCGAAAAAAAUUAGAAAGAAAAAACCACCUGGAUGUACAUUUCCAAAAUAUAAGAUAAAAAAAUAAAAAUAAAACCUACAUACAGCAACAGUGUUUUGUGUUGUGUAGGCUCCUAUGAUGUAAGUAAUGAGCCCCGCCUGCUUGCCUGCUCCCUAAAAUAUCACUGGUUUGCUCAAUUCAAUAUAUAGGGUGCCCAUAAAUUACCGUAUAGCAUACAUUCAACACAAAAAACAGCGACAGUUUGUUGUUGACAAAGGACAGCUGGACAUAUAAAGGGCCCCAUUACCUUCAGUAGCUUAGGGCCUCAUCAAACCUACCGUAUUUUUCACUCUAUAACACGCACCCGACCAUAACACGCAUAUAGUUUUUAGAGGAGGAAAAUCCGUAGGCAUGCCACCCGUAGGCAUUUCCUCCAUAACACGCACAGACAUUUCCCCUUACUUUCUAGGAGGAAAAAAGUGAGUGUUAUGGUGCAAAAAAUACGGUAAAUCCGGCCCUGGUUGGGGGAGAUACACACCCAUUUCUUCGAAGGAUUAAAUACUGUAUUUAUUCAGGUGUUAAGGUUCCCAGCGUAGUGCUGUUGUUCUAUACACUCUUCUAUUGAGCUUCUGCCAACCUAGCAGUUUGAGAGCACACCAGUGCAAGUAGAUAAAUAGGUACCGUUGCGGUGGGAAGGUAAAUGGCAUUUCCAUGCGCUCUGGUUUCCGUCGUGCCAGAAGCGGUUUAGUCACUGGCCACACGACCUGGAAAGCUGACUGUGGACAAACGCUGGCUCCCAUGGCCUGAAAAGCGAGAUGAGCGCCGCAACCUCAUAGUCGCCUUUGACUGGACUUAACCAUCCCAGGGUCCUUUACCUUUUUUAUAUUGAGUAAAGGGGUAGGUCGUGCAACAGAAGUGUUUAGCUCAUGAAGUCCUAUUUGUUGAAGUUAAAUCAGGUGUCUCAACAGCGCAAACCAAGUCACACUUACAUGGCAGUAGGGCCCACUGCAUUCACUGAGUUUUAAAUGUGCAUAGGAUUGCAACCUGGGUUACUGUGUACCGUCUUCUGCACAUUUGCUUAGACUCUAAUGAACACAGUGGAGCAAGUAAACAUACAUAGGGUUGGGCUGUAAAUAAUAUUUAAGAAGAUGCAAUCUGUUACUCUUCUUCGAUGGAUAAGAUACUUUACUGUGGUAUAUUGAAAUAAAUGUUAUGGCCAUGAAAGGACUGUGUACCUCUUGGAAAGAACAGACUGCUGCUAUUUACAUUCAAUUUUUUCCUUUUUUUUGAAAUAGAGAGACUACAAUGAACCUUGUGUACAGUGUUCUGACAUCAAUUGGGGACUUACUGAAGAAGGAAAAUUUUACUGCAGAUCAUGCCACAAUGUUAUAGAAGUAAGUAAGCAAUUCUCAGUCUCACUUUUUUUUUUUACACUCCCAAAUUCCCUUCAGUUUUUAAGUGUAAACCUUCAUUAAAAAUUAAAUAUAUUCACCUAGUGUGGGACCUGUAUUAAAUAUUGUGGCCUUGGUUCAUUUUUUAUUAUCUGCAACUAGUCACAUAGUGGCUCUGGAAGUGGAUGCAUGCUGUCAUCCAAAAAUUUAUCCAUGUAGUCCAGGAAUCCAGAAGAGCAUUGUGAUAGUGUUGUGGAUUCUUGUAAGUCUACAUCCAUGGUAGCUUUGCAAAUAGAAGCCUGCUCACCCAAAAUGAUCUCUGUUGUUCCAUUGCGAUACAUGUUUAAAAGGACAAGAAGGCUUCUGGAUUUUUUUGUGGUUUGUUGUUAACCUUAUAUGUUUUCAAAACUGUCUUGCAGAGGACUAGAGAAGUUAUAACUGGUGAUGCUACUACAAAUGCCAGGGCACAGUCCAUCUCUAGAGGCUUAAAAAAGAAGAAAAAACUUGGUAUGUUGGCCAAAAAAAGAAAUUUGUGCUGUAAAAAAACAUGAAACAUUUAUAUUCCCCAACCUUUGGCCUAAUAUCUUCAUGAAUGUAUAAGCAUAAAAAAUGCUGUCUGGCAGUAUUCGAAACUCCCAUUGUUCUAGGCGCAUUGCACGACAGGGAAUUUCAUUAGCGGGAGCAAUUUCUGAGCUCUGGGCACAGUUUCAGAUUAAAACUGCAGAGUGGACCUUUUUCUGCUUCCCCACUUCCAGCUACUCUCUGAAGACUGGAGAAGAGACCCUCUUAAGAAUAUUAGGGCGUGGGCAGGGGAAGGACUAGACCAUGUGAAAAAUGAACAUAAUAUUUUAGCUGCAGUUCGUUCAUUUUCAGCUUUGUAUUCUUGUUAUAAAAAAGUGCAUAGACAUUCUAUUGUUGUAUCCAUAACCUAUGUUUAAGGUGCCGUUUAGCUCCUAGCUUUCAUAUCUCAGUUUCUUAACACUUUGUUGUUGUUGUUUAGUUGUUUAGUCGAGUCCAACUCUUCGUGACCCCAUGGACCAGAGCACGCCAGGCACUAACUUAACACUUAACACUACUGUCUGGCAAAAUAUGCUAAUCAGCUAUGACUUCUCCAUAGCUUUUGGAUAUAAAUAUGUUCCCCCAACAUUGCUUCCAUAUAGAUUACAGCACAAAUAUCACUUUUAAGUCGACUGUUAACACUUUCUAGUGUACGAUAUUUGAUCAGUAAAAUGCUGACACACAGCUGGCACAAAAUAUUACAGCUAGACUGUAGAUGGGGACAGACUAUUAAUAGUACAGUGGUACCUCUGGAUGCGAAUGGGAUCUGUUCCAGAGCCCCAUUCGCAUCCUGAGCAGAACGCAACCCGCAUCUGUGCGUGUGCGUGUCACGAUUCGUUGCUUCUGCACAUGCGCGUGACGUUACUUUGAGCGUCUGCGCAUGCGUGAGCUCUGAAACCUUCCAGGUCACCACAGAGCGCAACCCAAAAACACUCAACCUGAAGCAACUUUAACCCGAGGUAUGACUGUACAUCAAAAGUUCAAUGAUUAAAUCUUACUCCCUCGUAAGUGUGUUUAGGAUCAUAGCCUAAAAUGCCUUAUUGGUAUAAUUUUGGCUAUUAACAAGCUAUUAGUCAUGACACUCAUUUUUCUUUUAGAAAGCAGCUGGGAAUGGUAUAUUUGUGAAGGCUUUCAAUUCAUUCUCUCGAAGCAAGCCGACGCACUGCAGGCUUUAGGAGUUUCUUCACAGUUCAAGGUACAUUUAGCCUACUUGGUGCAGUGGUCCCAUCUCACGAAAUGCUAAUUAGUGUUAAGAUGAUAAACCACAGUGAGCCUCUGGCACAGCCACGAGGAGGAAUGCAGAACUUUGUUGUGAUGUCCAAACUAUGACAAUCUGGUUAAUCUAUGGUAUGUUGAAACCAAACAACUUCAAAUUAUGAGUUAAGAAGCAUCCUUAUUUCAACAAACUACAGUUUAGAUUAGCCAUAGCUGAGGGUUCAGGCAGCACCAGCAGCAUGCUAAACUGUGGUUAAAGCUAAAGCGGAAAUAGAAGUUAUCGAUCUCCUUAUAGCUGUUCCAGAAAGGGACAGGGUGUGUGUGCAGGCCCAAGAUUCAUUGUGGCUCACCAUUGUAAACUGUGACUUAAGUGUGAUUGCAGCCAUUCCAGGGAAUGCCUGGCAGUGAAUUAUGAAAUUCAAUGGACAGUUAUGCAGCUUAGAACCAUUGCACAUAAUCUAUGUGCUGCUUAAUGAAAAUGCACUUGUUUCCCAGGUGGAGGAGGCAUGGAAGUAGGGGUGGGAGCUGAGAAAAGGAAGGAGGAGGGAGAAAAAAGUGAUGAAGGUGCAAAUGGGGUUUGCAAAAGGAGCCACGGGAAGGAGGGUUAGGAUGAAAGCAGGUGUACAAAGGGGGCAGCAAAAUAGAAAGGAGUAGUGUCAUCAUAAUAGUGUGGAGGGUGAAAAGGCUGCUUAGGAGUUGCAAUGGGGGGGGGGGGAAGGAAGGUGCAGGAGGUUACCAUAGAGGUGGUCUGUGUGCAACGGAAGGAUUGCAAAAAAAGCAGGGGAGGAGUAAGCGUGGACAUAGGCAUGAAAAAGGCUGCAAAAUAGGGCUGCAGAAUAGAAGAGUGAAAUGAGAUUGGGAAGCUGAAAAGGGAGCUUAUUAGUUGCAUGGGGUGGGAAGGUGCAGCUCUAGGGGGUUAAUGUGGGGGCUUGGUUAGCAGCAAAGCGAGCAGGGACACAGGCCCACAUGUUUUGCAUGCACAUAAACAUACACAAACGUGGGUGAAUAACUUUUUUUGUUCUUAUCAGGAUGAUGUUUUGUGGAAGUUCUGGAGAAUUUACCUUCAGAAGAGCCCGCAGGCUUAUUGUGACAAGCCCCGCCGUGAAGUUGCGCGCGAUAUCUCGACAGUAAGUGCAAAGUUAGGAAGGGAUGAUUAGCUGUCUUUUCCAUGCCCAUGUGGUCCAAGAGCAUUUAUGGAAACUUAGGCAACCUAUCUUAUAACUAAAAACCUACAUUAUGGCAGUGCUCAAAACCCUUUAAGAGGACCUUGUUUUGCUGGGAGCCAGAAUUCCUUAACACAGUGGUUUUCAGCCAGCGUGCCGUGGCACCCUGGGGUGCCUUGAAUGAUGGGCAGGGGUGCCGUGGGCAACACUGGCCUAUGUCCCUCCUUCCUUUCCUCCCUCCUCUGAUGCUCUCUUGUGUCUCUGCCUCCCAAAGGCUUGCACAGCUUUUAUUGCAGCAGCCCUGGCUAUGAGUGUCACAGGCAAAGGGUGCCUCAGGGAGGCACCUCUCUUUGGGGUGGGGGGGGCAGCUCAGAGACCAGGGAGUGUGGAGGACUCCCAAGGAGAGGGGAGAGGAGAGGAGAGGCUGAAGGAACACUCCACAAGGGAGGGUGUUUGAAAAAGGGCGAGAAGCUGCCAGCUCUGCAGGCAAGGGGUGACAUAACUGGGCUCCUGGGCUCCACAGGGGUGCCGCAGAAAAAAUGUAGUUGGUCAAGGGAACCAUGGACUCAAAAAGGUUGAAAACCUUUGCUUUAACACACUGCUUUUCUAGAUACGUCUUGCUCUUCACUGACACAUGGAUGAAGACAGAUAAAACAUACCUUAAUCCUCUGGUGAAAAGUUUAUUUUAUCCUAACAGUGGGAUAUAUUUAGCAUUGAAAAAUGUUUACUUCAGAUUGCCAUUGGUUGUAAAUAUUUUGCUAUUGAAUGUGAAUGUAAAGCUAGUAAGAAGUUCAGUUUUUUUUAAAAAAAACUGUCAUUGAGAGGGCGAUUAAAGCCAGCAGGUGGAACCAAAUAUGCUAUGUUUUCAGAAGACAUGCUGAAAAUGCGAGCAAAGAUACAAAAUAAAUUAUACUUAGUGGCUUUGUUUGGAUGGUGUUUUCACGCCCACUGCAGGGAGUGUGGGUGGGCUUUGGGAUUGUGUGCAUGCUGUCAUCCACAUGGAAAGUAAGAUAUGAUCCGGCACUGUGCUUGUUUGAUCUGAAACCAGAUUGUUCUCAACCUCCCCUUUUUUGUAAAGCUUUUUUAUUAUUUCAUUUUAUAAUUAUAUAAAACAGAGAUAACAAUUCUCAAACUCAUCUUUUUACCUAGAAUUGGCCCAGGUUGACAGAUCUUUAAGGGUAAAUUUAUUAUCAGAUCCAUCUCAGCGACAGUGGAAGAAGGCAUAUGUGAUAUUGAGGCCUGUUGCCACCUCCUGUAACUGGGGGGAAAAUGUUAUCUGAAUCAGGCCAGUGACUUAAGCAUAUAAUUAUAUGCAUAUUGCUUAUCCUUGUGAAUAUGGCAUGGGCUUAAUGUUUCAAGAAAACUGUGGAGAUGGCUGACAUUGAUUGGUUUUGGAUCUAUUGCUAUGAGCAAGACUUGCUAGGAAUGACUUGUGUAACAGAUUAUUUGCUAGUACAGUCAGCAUGCAACUUGCGCACAUUUAACUUGCGCUAUUGUAACUGUAUGUGGCAGGCAGCUGCGAUUGCACAAAUUAAAUGCACAGAAGGCGGAGAGCUUAAAAGCUUCGGGAGGCUCUUGUGGGGCUAUCAGAGAGGUAGGGAUGUUCACACAAAGUCUGUUCCAGGAUUGUUCUGACUAUACACGAUUUUGGCUUUACACACAAUCCCUGCAAGUUGUGAGUUUUAAAAAGAGGAAGGCAUUUCUGCCUCCACCCAGUGUAGUUUGUCUGUAUGCAAUAUACAUAAUUUUAAAAAUAUUUACACUGUUACAUGUACCGUAUUUUUCGCCCCAUAGGAUGCACUUUUCCCCCUCCAAAAAUGAAGGGGAAAUGUGUGUGCGUCCUAUGGGGCGAAUGCAGGCUUUCGCUGAAGCCUGGAGAGCGAGAGGGGUCGGUGCGCACCGACCCCUCUCACUCUCCAGGCUUCACGCAGAUCUCCACAAGCUGCGGAAGCCCGCUUGCGGAGAGUUGCCUGCAUGCCGAAGGCUGGGUGCACUGAGCUCAGCGCACCCAGACUUUGCGCGGCUCUCCGCAAGGCGCGGGAGCCUGGCGCUGGGCUCCUGCGGCUUGCAGAGAGUUGCCUGCAUGCCGAAGGCUGGGCGCCCUGAGCUCAGCACACCCAGGCUUCGUGCAGCUCUCCGCAAGGCGCGGGAGCCCGGCGCUGGGCUCCCACGGCUUGCGGAGAGUUGCCUGUUCUGGCUGCUGGGGUCAGGGGAAGCUUGGGCUUCCCCCACCCCAGCCCCGCACCUGGGGGGAAAGUAAAUUUUUUCCCCUUUAUUUCCCCCCCAAAAAAACUAGGUGCGCCUUAUGGGACGGUGCGUCCUAUAGGGCGAAAAAUACGGUAUUUAAAGAUUGCUGUUUUACUUUGCAAACUAACUUAUAACCACAUAUUUAUCUCUUUUAUUGAAACCUGGUGAUCAUUACUGACUGCAGCAGAAUAUUUUUCUGAUAAAACUGUUUUAAGGAAGAGGGAAUUCCUUUUGAAAAUGUAACUGUGCCAUGGUUUAGAGCUGUGCCGUUGGGAGUCUUACACCACUAUUUUAUUUUGAAAACAGACGUGCGACUCGGAUACUGAUGUUGACAGGGAGCUAGAAAUUACUAGAAUUAUUGGCUUGGCUUCCUCUGCAAGUGAUACAGAUGUGGUAUCCGAAUCUAGCAUGGGAGGUUUUUCUUCUACUAGCAAUUUAUCAGGUAAGACUAAACGUACCUUGAACAGUUAGUUUAGAAAUGAAAACAUUUUAUCCUCUGGCUACUCUGGUGUGCUUAAAAGCUGUAUCUUAAUGACUAACAUACAGUGGACUAGCAACUUGCGUGCAUUUAAUUUCCAUGAUCACAGCUUUAUGCUCUGGGCUGCCAGCCAGCUGCGAUGGCACAAAUUAGAUGCAUCCAAGGUGGAGAGCUUAAAAGCUCUUUCUACGCCAGGCUUUUGCAGUGAAGAAAGACCUUUUAAUCUCUCAAACUUGCUUACUGGGCUCUGGGAAGAUCUCGUGUAGGCUCUGGAGGCCUUCAUGAGGUCUUAUGGAGUUCUCCAACAUCUUACAGGAAGACUUCCAGAGAGUGCCUGAUCCAUGUGCCGUCUUCAGGGUUAUUCUGGCUAUACACAAUUUUGGAUUUACACACUAUCCCUGGAACCUAAUUUCCACUAGUCCUCUGUAUGUAGCAGACUUAGAAUGUUUUUAUUUUAAUCAUAGUAAUUAAGAAAUUCCAGCUUUAGCUUCAGUGAAAAGUCUGAAAAUGUUGUAGUGCUUUGUGUCCUCAACAGCAUGUCCAGAUUUGUAAAGUUAAAUUUUCAAGAGUAAGGGGAAUCUGGUUUAAGUGGAUUACGGUAAGUGGUUGCAGGGCAUAUGGAAAAGCAGUACAAAGGCUGAAUAUUUUGUACAGUUCAGAUGAGGGGGGUUGGGUCUGUGACUGAACCAGUGCUGAAGAUAAGAACUGGCCUGCCCGUGCGGGCCAGUCGUGUCCGACUCUAGGGUUGUGCGCUCAUCUCACUUAAGAGGCUGGGAGCCAGCACUGUCCGGAGACACUUCCGGGUCACGUGGCCAGCGUGAUGAAGCUGCUCUGGCGAGCCAGCACCAGCGCAGCACAUGGAAACGCCGUUUACCUUCCCGCUAUAAAGCGGUACCUGUUUAUCUACUUGCACUUAGGGGUGCUUUCAAACUGCUAGGUGGGCAGGAGCUGGGACCGAAAGACGGGAGCUCACCCCGCCGCGGGGAUUCGAACCGCCGACCAUACGGUCGACAAGUCCUAGGCACUGAGGUUUUACCCACAGCGCCACCCGCAUGGGGGAAAUUUUAGAGCGGCAUUUUUUGGUUCAUGGUGACAUCUGGGGGCAUAAUGUACACUUUUUUGGGUGUGGAACCAGUGAAAAUAUGUGUCCUUUAAAGAAAACUGGCUUGCUGUGCUUUUAUCAUUAUUUAGGCUGGUCAUUUAUAACUAAUCCUUAGGAUUCACAAAUGGAAAUUGAUGAGGUGACAAACCCGGAAAGUGUUCUAUCUUGCAAAUCCUAGCAACGUCCCAGCAUUGUGUGAUCUUGCUUGCUUGUAGAGUGUGCUUUUAAGACAUUAUUUUAAGAGUAUCUAUGUUGUAAAAUAAUUUUUUGUAGGUGAGUAGUAAUGGGACGGGAAUCAAAAAGGAUUCCUCAAACUCAGGAAUGGCAUAUUUUCACCAUAUUGCUUAGCGGCUGACAAAUGGGAGCUUAAAAUCUGUUUCUGUAACAAUUAGGCAUUAUGUGAUGCUUGGGGUUUUUAGAUGUUUAUAUCUACUGCCUGCCAGGUCAUUGUUCUCCACGCUGGCUGGUUGAAACCCUCCAUUUGGUGCAGUAUAUAGACGUUGUUUGGGAAGCCUAUUAAAUUCGUAGGCUGUUAUGACAUGUCUUAAAUUGUAUGUUGAGUUAGGUUUAAUGCUGACUGCCUAAUAUGCCCUGCAUAAUCCAGAACAAAUAAAAUGCAAAGCUGCUGUGUUAACAGGAUGGCUACGAAUAGAACACAAGGAUUAUUGUAAAUCAGACUGAAUAUGGAAUAAGCAGUAGAGUUUCUAUCAUCAGUGCUCUUGAGACACAGUCUAUACAUGAAAAAGGCGAAACUGAUGACUGAAAGGAUUACCUGAGGUUCAUGCUUUUUGUGCUGUGACUCACAUAUACACAAUAGACAUUCAAAGCAGCUCUUGUGUUUCCUUCUAAGCUUUUAGAAGCCAUGCAGUAGAGGGUGUUUUCUUAGUAACUAUUUUCAUUCGCUUUGUUCAGAGGCAGUAAAAGCAAAAUGAUACUCAGUGCGGUGGAGCUGCUGUUAUUAGUAAUUUUAACAAAUCACUGUCCAUACUGUCUUAUAGGAAAUGUGAAUAGUACAUAAUCGUUAUUUGGGGGGAAACGAGCGCACACAAAAACACUGUUGGGAUUGUCACAUGCCUGCAUGUGGUUUUUCUCUAAAACCUUAAUUGCAAGUCAUUUAUGUGAACAGGCUGCCGCUGGUGUGAUACUAUUAUUGUUAUGAAUGUUGUUGUUAUUGUUCAUAUUUGGGGUUGAGUAAGCUCUUCAAAAAUAGAAAGUUAGCAUGGCUUUCUUAUUAAGAGUGUUGGAUUAAAAUUGUGGAUUCCCUAGUCAGCCUUAAAGCUCACUGGAUCGCCUUCAGCCAUUUAACAUUUCUUAGCCCAACCUACCUUGUAGGGUUGUUUUGAAAAUAAAAGGGGGAGGAUAGUAUUCCAUGUACCUCCUUGUGCUCAUAUAAAAAUUUUCAAAAGGGCUUAGAAAUAAUAAGUCACAAAACUAUGAAUGCUUUCUUCACCUCUGUUUUUUUCCACAUUGGUAUUUUAUUUUGGAGUUACAUCUUCCAGUUACUUUGCAAAUAAGCAUAUACUUCACGUUCAUUUGUCUUAAAGCGGUGACUAGAGAUAUUUGAUUUCAAUGUUUUGUUAUAAAAUGCCUUCAUGAAUUUCUGAACUUUGCAGUCUUUUACUUUUUUCUUAUUAUGCAGCCUAACUUGUUACAUGUUUCUUUGCUGUUUAGAUAUUCCUUUUUGUUUUCAUAAGGAGUUUAUACGGCAUUAUGAGAAUGAUUCAUCGUCCCGAGCUGUAUAAAGAUACGUGGGUGUAUAGAGCUGGGAUAGCUCAGUUGGCAGAGCACAAGAUUCUUAGUUUCAGGGUUGUGGGUUUGAGCCCCACGUUGGGUGAAAGAUUCCUGCAUUGCAGGGGGUUGGACUUGAUGACCCUAAUGGCCCCUUCCAACGCUACAGUUCUAUGAUUCUGUGUGUAAGCUGCAUGUAGAAUACUGGCCUCCACCUGCCCUAUUAGCAGUAUAAAAUCUGAGUCUCUGGGAAUGAUAGCUGCUGAUUUACAUUCUUUUUAUGCUUUGUCUCCAAAAGGCAGAAGCAAUUAAAGUUUUUUUCUCUUCCCUUUUUUCAUCGUUAAAUUGUCAUUCAGCAAGCCUGCAAUUUACAUGCAUUUAACUUGUGUGAAUUCAGCUUUAUGUGUGUAGCAAUUUUUUAAAAUAAAAAUGGGUGAAAAGGGGACAGCCAUUGAACCCAAUGGGUUUUGACUAUACACAAUUUUGGCUUUUAGGCACGAUCCCUGGAACGUAACCCCUGCAUAAGUUGCAGGCUUACAGUAUUUCAUUGGCUGAAUUUUCCUGUAUCACUUCUGCACACAUUGGUGUGAAGUGAUCUUUUUUUGAGGUUUUCCUCUUUGUAAGAAAGCUUAUGUCAAUUUUUACUAGUUGGUCCACUUUUCUGCUUUAUUUUUAGCCAAGAACAAGGUUUACUCGUAUAGAACAGUUGUACUUUAAGUGAAGCUGCCUUUGCACGUAAUAAUUUGUUUUAAAGCUUUAAAGAUUACGUCAUUUCCCUUGCUAUCCUCCUGGCUAUGCUGAGAAGGGAAAUCUUUUGUAGAGGUGUAAUCUGCCGAUGUGCUUGCACACACCUUUUGAGCCAAGCUCUAAUUUGUGGUUUCGGCAGCUGUCUUUGUUCUUUCAUUCUCCAUUUCCCAUCUGUUUAGUUAGGAAAAUGCAUUUAUUGAUGUGAGAUGAGAUUUGCUCUUAAGAUUUGAAAACAACCUGCCCCCCCCCCCAAUCCAGACACACUAUUAAGUUUUCACUUGCAUAGGAUUUAAAGAGAAUUAAAACCCUUCGGCUUCAUUGCAUAGUUUGGCUCAGUUGCUUGAGCAUUGUAUAUGUCUGUUCUCUGCUUGUGGCAGAAUGUUAUCAAGCUAACUGAGCAGCCACUUGGUCUUGGAACGAAGUACAGUGGACACUCGGGUUGCGAACGUGACCCGUGCGGGAUGCACAUUCGCAACCCGCAGUGUUGGCAACCUUCGUCUUCACACUCGCAGGUUGCGAUUUGGCGCUUCUGCGCAUGCGCAAAGAGCAAUUUAGCGCUUCUGUGCAUGCACGACCACUGAAACCCGGAAGUAACCCGUUCCGGUUCUUCCGGGUUUCGGCGGUCUGUAACCUGAAAAAACACAACCUGAAGUGUUUAACCAGAGGUAUGACUGUAUGUUAUGAUAGGUUUUCAGUUCCUUUUUAUCAAUGAGUUGUACUCAACUAUCCAUGUCAAACUCAGUGUAGACUCAUUGAAGUUAAUGGAUAGGUUAGUAACAACUAAAGUCCGUUGAGUUCAGUGGGUUUACUUUGGGUAUGACUUGGUCAGGUACAACCUCCUUUGUAUAUUGAUCCAGUAUAGUCUGUAGUUUGGGCUAGCUUCCUUUUACCGUGCUUGAAUUAUUUCCACAGGAAAAUCUUUCUGGUCUGGAUCAGUGGAUGCUGGCUCAUAUUUACAGAAAAUGAAGAAAGGAGAGAUUAGAAUGUCAAUGCCGAUGACCCUGGCUUUCUGCUAUUUGGCAUUGCUCUGGUUGAGGGAAUCAAUUACAUUAUCACAUCUCUUAAGGUAAGAACAGUAUCUAAUAAAGUAUUUUGUUUUUAAAGCCUGCUUUCCAUUCUGCCUUUAACUAUAGCUUUUUGUAUUUAGGUAGAAUAAAAUAUGAUUAACUAAAUAGUUUUAUCACUUUUCUAGGUCAGUUGUGAAUAAGAAGAUUUGCUUUUUUACAGUGCUACUUUCCUAGAAAAAGAGGAACCGGAACUCGCGUCCCUUUUUCUCUUAGAAUGGCAGUGGCACCCACCUGAGAGGUGCUGGAACUGAGUUCCAGUGAGUUCUGGCUGGAGAAAAGCCCUGCUUUAAAAAAAUAAACAAACUCACAUUUCACCAGACAGUUGUUCUCAACCCUUCAUUGAUGCAGACAGUACAACAAUACAGUGGUGCCCCGCAAGACGAACGCCUCGCAAGCCGGAAAACCCGCUAGACGAAAGGGUUUUCCGUUUUCAAUGCGCUUCGCAGGACAAAUUUCCCUAUGGGCUUGCUUCGCAAGAAGAAAAUGUCUUGCGAGUCUUGAGAUUUUUUUUCCGCCCCCCCCCCUUUUCUAAGCCGCUAAGCCUUUAAUAGCCGCUAAACCGCUAAUAGCGCUAAGCCGCUAAUAGGGUUGCUUCGCAAGACGAAAAAACCACUAGACGAAGAUACUCGCGGAACGGAUUAAUUUCGUCUUGCGAGGCACCACUGUAUACUGUAUUUUUCGCCCCAUAGGACACACCGGCCCAUAGGACGCACCUAGUUUUUUUGGGGGGGGAAAUAAAGAAAAAAAAUUAUUUCCCCCCCAGGUGCGGGGCGGGGGUGGGGGAAGCUUCUGGGUGCAGGCAAGCUCUCCCAUGGCUAGCGGAGCGCUGCGUGAAGCCCGGAGCUUGGGGCGUGCUGAGCUCAGCGCGCCCCAAGCUUCUGGGUGCCAGCAAGGUCUCCGCUAGCCGUGGAAGAGCUGCAUCUCCCACGGCUAGCGGAUAGCUUCCUGAAGCCUGGAGAGCGAGAGGGGUCGGUGCGCACCGACCCCCCUCGCUCUCCAGGCUUCAGCGAAAGCCUGCAUUCGCCCCAUAGGACGCACACACAUUUCCCCUUCAUUUUUGGAGGGGAAAAAGUGCGUCCUAUAGGGCGAAAAAUACGGUAAUUCGACUAGUACAAAAAAUUAAAAUGAAACUAGCUGAAACCAACUGAAACAGCAGCAUUCACUAGUGCCUAAAUAGCCAUCAGAAUAAGUGUUUUCACUGCUUACAAAAGGAAUCUGGAGAAGUAUGCAUGUGGAGUUUAGAGGGGGAGCAUGCCACAAGAUGGACACUCUUCAACCUUUUCAAGCUGGGACUACCAUUAGCCUAACUAUGGAUUUAGGAACCCACAUGUAUCUGUCUGUCUGUCUGUCUAUCUAUCUACACACACACACACACAUAUAUAUAUACACACAUGCGUAUACAUAUACACACGUGCUGCAUUAGGAUAGGCCAAAUAUUGUUGGACUUCCCUGAUCGUUGGCUAUACUGGCUGGGACUGAUGGGAGUUGGGAGUACAACAACAUCUGGAGGGCCAGAGGUUUCCCAUCCCUACACAGUAGGCCCUGACCCACAAGUUGAAGACCAGUGGAAUAGAUUAACUUGGAGGCGGAGACGACGCAAUGGCACUUUCCCCCCGGUGCCAUUGGGCCGGCCCUCACUUAAAUACAGUGUGACUAUCUCACAGUACACCAGUUACACAAAUCUCUACAAAUUGCCCCAGAUUAUCUAGUGGGGGGACUUGUGUGAGGGAAAACUUAAUGAUUUGGAGUCUCAGGCAGGAUUUGAUCAAAUAAACAAGACAUAUUUUAUUAAACAUAGGAAGUUUAUGACACAGUGGGUAAAACAAAGGAUACUUCAGAUUAUAAUGUUUUUUCAGGUAACCGUUCACCUAAUAAUAUUUAUACUAAAUCUAACUGAUGUUAUGGACUCCUAAUCAAGCACAGCUUCUUUUAAACUUCAGUUGGCUUAUGUUCAGUUACUUUGCUUCAGGUAGAUUGUACAGGUUUUUAGACUAAAGGGUAAAUGCUCAGCUUAUUUCUAGUUAUUUCACUUCAGUUCUUUCUCAGUUGUUGCACAGCUGUUGCCACUUAAUACUUUGGUUCUUAAACAAGGUGGUACUUCCUGUCAGUUACACACCCCCUUUGAUAAACCUACUCCUGAGGUAACAGACCCAAGGGAUCACCACACCCCUCUUAACUGGUUUGGGAGACUUCUCUUUCAGGAACAAGGCCCUCCAGCUCUUUUAGGACUACAACUCCCAUCAUCCCUAGCUAACAGGACCAGUGGUCAGAGAUGAUGGGAAUUGUAAUCCCAAAAGAGCUGGAGGGCCAAGUUUGGCCAUGCCUGUUCUAGAAGAAUCUCUUCCCUCCUGACCGGAUUGAGUCCUAAGUAGACUUUAUCUUUCCAGCUUCUACUUCUCCUGGCUCAGCCUCAGCCUCCCAGUUAAUUCCUGGCCUAUUAUUAUCACAGGACACCACACACUGUCCUUCACACUAAGCUCAGAGACUUCUUUAUCUAGCUUUUGAUAUACAGUGGUACCUCUGGAUACGAAUGGGAUCCAUUCCGGAGCCCCAUUCACAUCCUGAAGUGAACGCAACCCACAUCUGUGGGUCGCAAUUUGCCGCUUCCGUGCAUGUGCGUGAGUUCAUUUUGACCGUCUGUGCAUGCGCGAGCGGUGAAACCUGGAAGUAACGUGCUCCGUUACUUCUGGGUCGCCCCGGAGCGCAACCCGAAAGCGCUCAAGCUGAAGCAACUUCAACCCGAAGUAUGACUGUAUUCCUCAGAGUGGAUGUUUCUACCCAGAACCAACUCUCUCCUCUCACUCCCUAUCUCCCAACCUAAAACCUGUCUCUCCAAAAACCUCUCCUUUUCAACUCCCUCUCCUGGAACCCCGGCCAAUCAGAAGCUGCCGUUCGCUAACCAUUUGCUGGCAGGGAAAAAGAAAAAGAAAACACUAGGUGACCCAAGCCUGCCCAGCAAAACAAACCUUUCCCUCACAGAGGCCAUAUGCACUUGGCUGGUAACACGGCUUUCAAAGUUGUGGCUGGCUACAUUCUGUGAUUUUCAACUCCUAACUAGCAGUGGCAAAUAUUUUUUUUUUUAAGUGUGAGAUCAAAAAUUAUCUACCCCAAUUUUGCAAUUUCUUAGGCAUUACAAGCUUAGUUGUGGACUUUGGCUUGGCUCGACAUUCACCCUUCCUUGUGUUUUUACAAGCUAAUCAAUUUAUGAAGAUCUAAAAACUGCUUUUUUUAGUUUGGAAAGUGCAGGCUUUUCAAAAUUCCUCUUUACUAAUUGACUAGAAGAAUAGAAGUCUGCAAUUGUCAGAGUUAACCAAAGGGCUAUUUCUUUCAAGCAUCCCCUUCUUUUUGCACUGAUUGAUAUUUCUGCAUAGACGUGCCCACUUCCAAUAAUUGCACACCACUGUUUAACAGUGCAAUAUGGAUGGGUUUCUACUUUUGCUCUCAUUAAUUAAAUAUAUUUUAAAUGUAAUAUUUAGCAGGGAUUCGUGAUUUCACUCAGCUGUUACGUUUUAGCUUUGUAUCUGUGUCUUGUCAUGCGUUUUGAACUAAAAUCAGUAUGUACAUCUUGAUUUUACUUCUACUCCUUUCAUUUAGGCUGGUAAUGGAUGGCCACAUCCCUUACUUGAAUGCUUAUAAAGAUUUCCCAGAGGAGAUGAAGGUAUAUGGGACGGACUGCAAGAUCUUCUAUGUAAAGGUGACCUUCAUUCAUCUACCUUCUGUGAAAAUGUUUACCCGUUACAUACAUGUAUGGUGGCUCUGAUGAAUUAAAAGUAGAUUUUUCUUACUGAUCUUACAAUUUCUGGAAAUGCUCUUUAGCCUCACUGGUUCCUCCCAGGCAUUGUCUAAUGUCUGUUAUUACUAUCUGCUAUUCCCCCCAGUGCUCUCACCGUUUAUUUAAUCUGUGGUAGUCAGCUCUUUCUUCUUCUUCUUCUUCUUCUUCUUCUUCUUCUUCUUCUUCUUCUUCUUCUCCUCUCUUUUUUGCAUUGCAGCCAUGUAAAAUGGGGAGCAUUUUAAGUUGGAGAGAUGGUUUUUCAAAACACUCCUCCUUUGAAUGAAUACCACCAGCACUGAUCAGCUGAUUCAGAGGGGCUUUCUCCAUUAGUGAGAAGGGUUUUACAUUAAAACUUCUGGUUAAAACAGGGUUCUCCCCCCGCCCAGUAGGGAAUACCGUAUUUUUUGCACCAUAACACUCACUUUUUUCCUCCUAGAAAGUAAGGGGAAAUGUCUGUGCGUGUUAUGGAGGGAAUGCCUACGGGUGGCGGGGGGAUCUGCUGCAGUCGUGAGCAGAGGAUCCAUGGUUCCCCUUCCUUCCCUCCUCCGUGGCUCGCUUUGAAACAGCAAAGCGGGAGAAGAGCCGCUGAGUGGGGAGGAGAGAGGGACAGAGAGCCUGCUUGCUUUAAAGGAGUAAAGCGGGAGAGGAGAGGAGCCGCUGACACGAGUGUAAGCAGCUCCUGUCCAGUUGGUUCCUUUAAAGCAAGCAGGCUCUCUGUCCCUCUCUCCUCCCCACUCAGCUCGCUAAAUAGCAGCAAAGUUUUUCAGCUUGCUAAGCCAGGGAUGAGCGGGGAGGAGGGAGAAAAGCAGAGCCUGCUUGCUUUAAAUGAGCAAAGUGGGAGAGGAGAGGAGCCUUCUCCUCUUAUACCCCUCUUCUUCAUUAUUAGCAGCAUCCUUCUCCACCCACCCCACGCAUGCUUCUUCUCCCCUUAAACCCCUCUUCUGUAUUAUUAGCAGCAUCCUUCUCCUUGUCCCUUGAGUGCUUUUCCUUCCUUCCCCACUUAAAACGUGGUUACAAAGCAUGGAUCCACAUGGAUCCUCAGGAUUUUUGCACUGGGUCACCCCAAAUUCACCAUCAGAUCACAUAACAUGUCCAUGGUUACAUCUUGCACCAAAAAAAUCACGCACCCACUGUUGCCUGGGGCCGCAGUGGUGCAAAAACGUGGUUACAAAGCAUGGAUCCACAUGGAUCCUCAGGAUUUUUGCAUUGGGCUACUCCAGACUCACUGUCAGAUCACAUGUCUGUGGCCACAGCAUGAACCACAAAAAUCAUACAUCCACUGUUUCGUUUAGAAUAUUUUUUUCUUGUGUUCCUCCUCUAAAAAUUAUGUGCGUGUUAUGGUCAGGUGCGUGUUAUAGAGCGAAAAAUACGGUAAAUUUCUUUUCUAGCAAGAGGUUUCGCCACUGCUGUUUUACAUCCUGCACCAUAGCUCUCCUUAGAUACAUCUACUGUUCUGCCAUAGCUACUAUGCCACUACUCCUACUUAGUUUGCUUAGUUGUGUUUUGGGGCACUGCCGUUCCCAUAGUACUUCAGAUUUGUCAGCACCACAUUGCAUUGUUAUGAAUAGUUGUGAACAGCAAGAAUGUGUGUUUAAGAUGUGCAGAGGUGCCUUUUUCACUCGGGAGAUAUACAGAGCAGGUGCAAACUUGCAAGAGUGAGUCACCAUCGCAGAGAAGACUUGAAGUUGAACCCAAUUUUGUCAGCUAGCAAAAUGGGGGUGCCAUGUUGUCCUUAACCUCAGGCAGCAAAUGUCUCUAGCCAAUCCCAGCUUCUCUUUCCACCAAGGCUUCUGAUUCUGUGGCUUUACUGGGGCAAAAACAUCUUUUAUGAUGGCAGGCAGCGUUGCUCAGCCUGUGGGCAGGAAUUGGGACACCCCACCCAUUCCACCUGGGGGGAAAGUCCUUUGUUUAUUGGGAGAUAUUCCUUUCUGUUCUCCCAACAUAACUUGGCCUAGUAAAAAUGAUUGCUGUACUUAUUUUUGUAAUUUACAUUUGGAUUCUAAAUUCUGAUGGGCACUUAUCUAUAAAUUCUGCAGCUCUCUGUAUGUUCAUUGUUUCAAGCUAUCUGCAAGUAAGUUCAAGCUAGCUAAAUGUUUAGUUCAGUUUUGUGACAAUUGCUUGUAGUUAGUGAGAUUUGUAUACAGUUCUUUUAAUAUACUGGAGGCAGCCCAUAUCCCCUGUGGUGCUCAUGAAAGGUCUCAGUAAAUAUGCCCGCAGAAAUCCACAAUGUAUAAGAGGCUGCUUGCUCUUCCUGGUCAGCUCACAUCUGCAGUGACUUGGUCGCUCCUACAUUGAGCACACCUCCUUAAACAUGUCCACAUUUCACUGGAUACCAGGACUGGAUAUCCAUCCAUUCCAAGUGGAGGAGAGGUACAGCCAGCUUUUUCUCUGUGCCCAAGUGUGGUGGUUGUUAGUAUAAGGGCCUUUCCCCUGUUGAUGGGGGAGAACAUCCACAUCAUUUUCCCCUGUUCCUUUUUUGUCUCUUCUGGAAGUGGUGACUAUUUCAUAUUACGCCUUCCCACCCCCACAGCAGCUGUUUCACGACUGGCACAUAUAGCACAUCCUCAAAAUGCUAUACUGUAUAUGCCCACUAGCCCCAAAGGGUUGACCACCCCUACCUUACUAUAUAGAUUGUUGGGCAUAUUCUAAUCCAUUCUAAAUGUUUGUAUACAAGUAAUAAAUAUUACCAUUUUCAUAGGAUAAUAGCUCUUUCCUUGUUUGGUCCACUGCCAUAGAAUUUCCAUGAAUAUUUGUCUUCUGUAUUAGAAUCUUGUAAAUACUGUGAGCAUAAAGUUUUUUUAUAUUAUUAUUAUUAUUAUUAUUAUUAUUAUUUAAUCAUUUUUCAGAUGUUUCCUAUACUUCAUGUUGCAUAUCCCUCUUAAAGUUCCUGGUGAAACUGUGUCUUGAAAAAGAUUCCCUUCAUCUGUGUUUACGCCUUGAGGUGCUGGAACUGUAGGCUAGAAACUGCGCAGCGAAAGAUUAAAAGCAUUUGAUACUGCUUCCUUAAAUGUUCUCCAGGUGUUGUUUGGGAAAUGGAGAAGUUGGGACAGCAUGGUAAUUAGUAGUCAUCUCCUCGAUGUGCCUCACCCUUUCAUUUCUGAUUACAAAUUCUUCCUUGGUGGCAUUCAGCACCGGCCACCUCACUGAAUAAAAGCUUCCAGUGAUGCUAUUGGAAGGAGCUGGAAGAUCUGAAGAAAGCCAUUUAAUACCAGAGUGAAAAGACUUAGGGUAGAGUCAUUCACAAAGCACAAAACUGUGUUUUGCUCUAGUGCUGUGGGUUAGUUAACUGUGUUAGCUCCAAAAUUCACUGGGUUCAUAAAUGUGUGUGUGGCUGUACACUCUCCUUUCCAAUUACUACAACCAGUUGCCUGAGGCUUCAGGAGGAUGAAAAGACUUCGCUAUUGCCCAUGGACCUCAUUUCUCUGCUGCUGCUGGUUGUAGAGAGAAAUUCAGGAGAUCCUUCCUCUUUGCCUCUCUCUCCUGAACUUAUAGGCAGUCCUCAAAACUAUAUUCCUUUCCUGUAGUACCCUGCUUCCAGUCCACAUUGACAUAACUAGGUCCUUGUUCACAAGGAAGUAAGGCUUUGUUUCCAAGCAGGUUCUUGUUUCACUCUUGGCCAUGGAGAGCAUUUUGGACCAUAACACCAGUAUCUGGGUUGUCUACUGGAAAGACACUUGCCACCUGUCCUUUCCAUGGAUUGCCUCUGAUUCCUACCUGCAUUGGACUCAAUGACACAGCCUGAUUUCAUGCCAGUUAUUCCUUGUAAUUGGGCAGAGAUGCUUUAGUGAGCCAAGUGAGUAAAGGUGGUGGUUAUGGACAGGCAAACAGGAUGUUCUGUGUCAGGUAGGGGUAUGUGUGUUGAAAUCAUGGUUUAUUUUUCUCAAAUAUGCUGCAUCUGGCUUUCAUUUUGCCAGAAGGAUAAUGAAGCUUUGAAGGAUGGAUAUAUAUUUUUUGAUAUAUGUCCUAUUUUACCUGUCGUGCCUAUUUGAGACUUACAAGAUGAAGCAUUUGAGUUCUCGAUAAACCCCUCCUUCUUUCGUGCCCAAAAUAGCAGCUUCCUCGUCUUUCUGGUUAGGAUUUGGGGACCUGAACCUCUUCUGUUCAAUUUCUCUCUUUCUUUUUGGAGUUAAUGAAAUUAACAGGUGCCACACAUAAGUAGCAUUUUAUUUUCUCUCUUGAAACAGCUUCAGAAAUGACAAUAAGCAAGGGUGAGGCUCUUUAAAAAGAGCUGAGGAGGAAGUUCAUUUCUGACAUUUAUUGUAAUCAGGUGUAUCACGGGAAUCUGCUGUUGUGUAACAGAAACUCUGGCUUGUCCUUACCUGCUGAAGUAUUGCUUAAGAGAGAAGGAAGAUAGGCUUACUGAAAUGUUGGUCAAAUUCAAACUAAUUUUGCUUUCUGCCAUUAUCUUUUAAUAUUUGUGAGUGAGAGAGAAGCUGAAUUAGUGUGUCAACGGGUGUGGCUUUAAAUGAUUCCCCAUAUAUACAGGGUGAGUCCUUUAGAAGAGGCCCCGUGAAUACAUAGUUCACAUGUUCCACGGGGCCUCCUUUAAAAGACUCACCCUGUAUAUGCCAGUUUAAUUAAUUGUGUUAUUCAAGCAGAUCUGCCUCACAGGAUUAUCCAGCAAACGCUUUUUUCUGUCGUGAAGUGUAAUCCGUGAUGAAUAACCCUAUGGGAUGCGGGUGGCGCUGUGGCUUAAACCACAGAGCCUAGGACUUGCCGAUCAGAAGGUCGGCAGUUCGAAUCCCUGCGACGGGGUGAGCUCCAUUUGCUCGGUCCCUGCUCCUGCCAACCUAGCAGUUCGAAAGCACGUCAAAGUGCAAGUAGAUAAAUAGGUACCGCUCUGGCGGGAAGGUAAACGGUGUUUCCGUGCGCUGCUCUGGUUCACCAGAAGCGGUUUAGUCAUGCUGGCCACAUGACUCGGAAGCUGUACGCCUGCUCCCUCGGCCAAUAAAGUGAGAUGAGUGCCGCAACCCUAGAGUCGGCCACGACUGGACCUAAUGGUUAGGGGUCCCUUUACCUUUACCUUUACCUUAUCUUCUAGCAGCAGAACAGAAUUUAUAUAUGAUUGUGUGAAUGAUUUAAACUCGUUUUCUAUGUUGAUCUCCUUGCUCAUGGCCUGAGAUGUACGAGUUGAUCUGUGGAGACUGUGGUUGGGGUGUGCAUGUGUAAGUGUGCACACCAUGAGAGAGAAAGAUAAGCCAUUCUUACAGUGUGUGAAUUGGACUGGUGAUUCCAUAUUCAUGCAACAUGCUGAUCAGGUUGCAUCAGCUACUUCAAGAUACAUUGAAGGUGGAUAGGGCAAGGGGAGGGCAUAGUCUCAGCGAAAUAUACGUUGCACAAGUACCCCAAUCUAAUUUCAAAUUUUCUAACUUCUCCCCCAGUCAAAUCUGGGCUUACCACCUAUACGGCUGGUGUUUCUUUUCCCACGAGAGCUUAAUUUCAUUGGUAUUGCCAGACAUGGCUGUUUCUGGCUCGGAGGGAAUCUGCUGCCAGUAUCUUAUCUCCAUAGCUGGGUGUUGCAUCUCCUUCACGAAUUGUUUAUUCCUUAGAGCAAGCCAGGAUAUUAGGCAGCUCUCUAAGUUAAGCUGUAGGCGGUUCACCCACAUAUUAGUUCUUUCCUGCCAUUUGUUGGCCCUUUAGUAAUCCCAAGGCACACCCUCCGUUCGUUACAUCACCAGGAGCAUGUGCUUCACAGAUGUUAGAAGAUAUGUGUCCACCCUUUGCACCGCUGCUCUCUCUAUUUUCUAAACAUUCCUUACCUCCUCUGUAUUCCCCCCACUGUUUUUGAGAAACUUGAAAAUUCAGUUAGUGGGAAAACUGUUAAAAAUUAAAUUUGUGUUUGCAGUAAUGCUAAAAAGGAAAGACACUCCAGUGUCAAUAAGCAUAUUAUAUUAUUAUAUUCAUAUUGGUAUGCUACUGUUAGCUACUUUACAUUUUCUUUUGGGAGGAAAAGGUACAGAAAAGGAAAUGAAAAUGAGUCCUAAAAUCUGUCUGAGCCUGCGCUUAUUGUGGUGAAUAUAUUUUUAUUCUUAUGCUAUCAUCUUCUUUCUCCAUGAACAUUUCAUUGUUCAUAAUAUUAUUUCUAUAAAUGCAUAUACUGCCUUUUAGGGAUAAAACCCUUUCUUAUAAGGUAGUGUAGGGUAAUAUUCAAGCUGUCUUUAAAGACAGCCUCAUAGACUGCAUUACAGCAGUCAAACCUUCGAAAGUGCAUGGGUAAUUCUUUUUUUAAAAAAAUCAGUCAAAUCACACACCCCUCCAGUUUUUAAAACCAGCAAAUAAUCCCUGUAUACUAAAUUCAGUUGGAAAUACAUGAUCGUUUCGCACACCCCACUUGAGUUUAAGGUUGUAUGGUACAGCUAUUGUUGCUCUGGGAGCGCAUUCUCAUUUCUCUGGACCUACUGCAAUUGUUGGUCAAUCAGGUGUCUGAAGCACUACGAAAAUCUGCCAGACCUGUUUGACUAGAGUCAAUAGCAGGACAUGGAAAAAUGUAUACAUACCAUUGAACGUAUUACAGUUCUUUUCAGAGAUAUGAAGGUGCUGUGAUAAGACCAUUAUUGCCCACACUUUUUCUUGUCCUGCUUCUUUGGGGGACAAAACACACCGACGAGGAAUGGAAUUAUCAGAUAUAAAGCUCCCCUUCUUUGUCUGAAAGAUAGAAAAUCCAAACUUCUGCCCUGUGUUAAAUACACUUGUUUCCAUUACUCUGCACCAAAAGCUGUGUCUUCAUGAUAGACAGAUUGACCAUUGUUAUCCAUUUAGCUGUAGCAGCAGUAAUUUCUUCUAGUCUUCUUUUCUUUCUUUUUUUAAUUUUAAGUUUAUUGUGUUGCUACAGCUGUAUGCGGUCUGGACACCAUUUUCUUUCCCACAAUGCUCUGGAUGCAGCGCUAGUUCCAAACCAUUGUUGCAAAGGGUGGAAAUGGCAGACACCACAAAAAUACAAUAGCCUCCAUUGGUAGCUGCUAUACUCUCCCUCCGUCUGCACCCAGUUCCCCAGUAGGAGCUAGGCCAAUGAGAAACAAGCUGUGGUGGUGCUGAUACUGCUCGUGGCAACAGCACAAUAAAGUUGUUGUUGUUGUUGUGGAGCUAGGCCAAUGAGAAACAAGCUGUGGUGGUGCUGAUACUGCUCGUGGCAACAGCACAAUAAAGUUGUUGUUGUUGUUGUUGUUGUUGUUGUUGUAAGCCCUAAAAAAAGCUACUACCAAUGGUGAAAAUAAAUUACCCCCACCCUGAGCCUGGUGGUUGCAAAUUUCACCUCUUUCCCUUGCUUCUCAAAUUAACUAAAUGGUUCCCACUUUCUUAAUCUAAAUGGGGUUGUGAAGGUGGGGGGGGGCACUUGGGUUUACUUCUGAUGUAGCAAUUUUAAUCCUUACAAUCCUAUCUGUUAAAGAAAAUUUCCAACAGAUGUAUGAAUUAGGCGAAAGGAUGUAAACACUAGCAGGCUGAAGGAAAAUACAAAACAAUUAAGGGGUAAUAAUGAAGAAGGAAUCUUAAUCUGAUUUGUAUUUUAGAAAUGUCAGUGUAGAAAACACUGAGUCACUAGGUCAUUGUUAUUUCAUGUACCAGUUUGGCUGUAAGUUUUGCAUUUGGCAGUCAAUGGCAAUAUUGUCAUUGCCCUUACAUAAUUGGCAACUGGUUGCACUGGUGUUGUUGCAUCAUAAAUUUCUGUAUCUACAAUAUUCCAGUAUUGUGUGAUACUCUUAAUCGCAUAUGUGACAUGUUUACUUUUACAAGUGAUUCUUGCGGGUGUUUUGUGAUAGAAAGUUGACUGGGUAUUGAAAUUCACCAGGUAACUCCCACCGAGCUAGAGCUCUGAAAUUUGACACACAUGUACCCUAAAAAUUGCUUUAAAAUUUCUGGAAGUGUUAUAUUACUUCCUAAAAAAAGGCUUUCCGGAUUAUUUAGCUCCAUAAAACUGAAUUUGAUGCAGAUGUAGCUCAAAGUUAUUAGAAAAGCCUGAAAAUUUGUCACUUUUUUUUUUUUUACUGCUAACCUUUAAAAAAUAAUAAUUGAGGCCUGAAAUUUAACUCAUAAGAGAGGCUGCUGGCAUUCCACUAACAGGGAGUCCCGCUGCUUUUUUACAUACUUGAAUUAAGCUUUAUUGUGUGUGUGUGUGUGUGUGUGUGUAAGUAAUACUUGCAGGAGCACAUCCUUUUUCCUAUCUUGAGGUACCUGUUGUGGGGAGAAUUGUGGGAGCAACACAUUUUCCAAGCAGUAGAGUGCAGGGAGGUUAAACAACAACAGCCCUCCCCACCUUGUGCUGGGCUGUCAAUGCAAAUGGGAGUUGGAGGACGUCAACAUCUGGAGGACAUCAUACUGCCUACCCCUGUGCUAUAUUGGUGUUCACUAAUAGAUGUACAGUGAAAAUCUCAGUAGUAUAGAUUUGCCAGAGGAGGCAUUGGAGUGGCUUUGGGUGGAGUAAGUUUGCUACUCCCCUGUUUCGGAACGUUCCAGUUCUGUUCUAAAUUAUAGGCUAAAUACAUACUUACCGUAGGUUGCCUUUUGUAUGGGAAAAAAUAUUCCUUUAUAAGGGAAACAGUACAGUAGUACUUGUAUUUGCGGGAGUAUUUCUCCCCCCCCCCCCAUGACACUGUCCAAAUAGUAGAAUUGUAAUCCAACACUUAGAAUUGUUUCUCAUCACCAGAUAAUUAAAAUUAAGCCCUGGGCUGUGACACAUUUAACAUAACGAUCUGUUUCGUUUUAAAUAAACAUUUUUGAAAACAAGACUAACAGCUCUUUCUUCAAAGUAGUUAAAAUGUUUAUAUGGAUGUUUGAGGAAAUAAUUUGGAUAGAAGCAUCAUUCCCAGUGCUGUAAUUCCCUCAUGUUCAUCUAGAUUAAAGGUAAAAGGACCCCUGACCAUUAGGUCCAGUCGUGGCCGACUCUGGGGUUGCGGCUCUCAUCUCGCUUUAUUGGCCGAGGGAGCCUGCGUACAGCUUCCGGGUCAUGUGGCCAGCAUGACUAAGCCGCUUCUGGCAAACCAGAGCAGCGCAUGGAAACGCUGUUUACCUUCCCGCCGGAGUGGUACCUAUUUAUCUACUUGCACUUUGAUGUGCUUUCGAACUGCUAGGUGGGCAGGAGCAGGGACAGAACAACGGGAGCUCACCCCGUCGCGGGGAUUCGAACUGCUGACCUUUUGAUCGGCAAGUCCUAGGCUCUGUGGUUUAACCCACAGGGUCUUAUAAAAUAGUAUGCCAUGGUGGGAUGAAAAGGUUUGGUGGAAGGGGAGGGCUGAUGACAAGUCAGAUGAGAAGGGGAAAUGCCCUUCUGAGGUGUGACAGUCAGCCAAAUAAAUUUGCCGCACCACAUAGCAUGCAAAUGCAGGAGGCGUGGUAUUGCUUGAAUAUCCAUGGGGGAUUUCUUGGGCUGGGUUCUGCUUUGCUGGUGGACCCCCAAAUAUUGGGUUACUUGUGCAGCUGGAUUGCUCCUGGAGGUAGAAGAGAGGCUGGCAAAAUGCAGAGUUAGACUAUUAGUUCUGAUGACACAUUUCUUGGUCCUGAUAAUGCAGUGCUCUUUCAGCUUAUGUCCUUAGAGGGGGCGGGUGGGACGGGACCACUUUGACAGCUUAUUCGAUUGAGAGAGCUAGUUUAGGGUUGCCAUAAACCAGGACACCCUGGAUUUUCUUUAGGAAAACGCCAAAGUUGUUGAGCUAUUUAUUUAUUUAUUUAUUUGCAGUGGUACCUCGGGUUACAAAUACUUUGGGUUACAGACUCUGCUAACCUGGAAGUAGUACCUCGGGUUAAGAACUUUACCUCAGGAUGAGAACAGAAAUCGUGCGGCGGCGACAGCGGCAGCAGGAGGCCCCAUUAGCUAAAGUGGUACCUCAGGUUAAGAACCGUUUCAGGUUAAGAAUGGACCUCCGGAACAAAUUAAGUUCGUAACCAGAGGUACCACUGUAUUUACAAAAACAUAACUUUUCAAAUUGACUUGCCUCAGAUCCAAGACAAAGCACCGCCCUUUGAAAAUUUCCCCCAGAUGUCAAUUCAGCCUUUGAAAUCCCGGUAAUGUCCAGUAAAAUCCUAAAAUAAUUGGGUGCUCAGUUUUUAUUUACAUCCUGAACAGGGCAUAUUUUUGAUGGUUAAUUUUUCUUUAUUCGAUAUUUAUAACCUUAUUCCUAUACUUCUUAUGUGUGGAAUACCAAGGAAAGCAUAUUCCUUCAAACUUGUAGCUCUCAUUAUUAAAAUGCUGCUUUGACUACCUAUCCCGAAAUGUCUGAAGACCGACGUAAACCCUGAUGUGCAACAGUCCUGUAAAGCAUGUAUUUCUUGUUUUUCAGGAAAAGCGCUUCAGGCAAAAAGGUUGCUUUUUAAAAAAACAAAACAAACUUGCUGCUCUGAAAGAUUGCAAGCAUAAUACAGCUUGUAGACAUUUUACAUGCAUGAGUAAACUUUUUGCUGGAGUUGUGUAUGCCUUGUGCUAUUUGUGGACUCCAGGGGAACCUGAGAAUGUUUUUAUUGUUUGUUUGUUUGUUUAAUUGGCAUUAUCAAAAAUGAAACUUUUGAAUGGAUGUCUUGUUUUCAGAAUGCUAAAUGCGUGGAAAGAAAGGAGAAUAUUUUUUGCUACGCCAUUAAUAAGCACUUUUCUCUGUAAAACCCAUGACAUCUCUCCCCUCCUUCUUGUGCUUUCUUCUGUAAUACACAUAUUCACAGAAUUUCCAUCAUGACAGAGCUGUGUUAAGAUUAUCCCAUCGAGACUGAAACAUGUAUGUGCUACUUAUAGGCACCUGUUUGUAAGUGCAAAGUUGAUGGUUAAUGUGAUCUUUUUGGACACAGGCAGACUUCCACAAAAGUUCUCACCAGAGGCAAGCAUCCUUGACUCUGUCGAGAAGAACACAGGUAAAGGUAAAGGGACCCCUGACCAUUAGGUCCAGUUGCGGACAACUCUGGAGUUGCGGUGCUCAUCUCGCUUUAUUGGCCGUGGGAGCCGGCGUACAGCUUCCGGGUCAUGUGGCCAGCAUGACUAAUCUGCUUCUGGCGAACCAGAGCAGCGCGCGGAAACGCCGUUUACCUUCCCGCCAGGGUGGUACCUAUUUAUCUACUUGCACUUUGACGUGCUUUUUGAACUGCUAGGUGGGCAGGAGCAGGGGCCGAGCAACAGGAGGUCACCCCGUCGCGGGGAUUCGAACCACCGAAGAACAUAGCAGCACACAAAAGACCCCCUUCUCCCUCAAGGCCACAGCAGAUUGAAGGGACAAAAGACUACCUCUUCCUCCAAACCUUCCGGCAUGUGUCAGAGAAAAUUGGGGAGAAGAGGAGGUUGGUGGUAACAAAUAAUAACUGCCUGGCAAUCCAAGACAAUAUUUGUGGGCACCCAGGCAAUACAUUACCCCCCCCCCCCAAGCAAUGAGAGCCUAUAUGUUUGGGAGCAGAACUCUGCUUGUGGUUGUUAGGAUCAAACUCAAAAUUUCUGAAGUGUUUGUUUGUUUUAGAUUCCAAUAGUAUUUUUCAUGUUUUAAGUUCAGCAAACUGUUCUACACUUGCAAAUUCUCUUUCCUUUUUUUUGUGGUUUGCUGUGGGGUGAAACCCCUUUUCUCUCUCUUAUUGAAGUGAGGCCAAAAUCAAACAAACCAGGUUUACAUUUCAAUCUUUAUAAUGCAACCUGUAACAUACCCUGAAGCUAUCAGAAAAUAAGUUUGAUUGAAAUGAAAUAUUAUUCAUCCAUUUAUAUUAGAAAAAUGGUUAUUGCCUUCUCUGUUCAUAAAGUAAUAUGAAUCAGUGCAUUAAAAACCUAAAGGUACACUUUGAAAUAAGUUUUCUAAAGCUUUCUAGAAGUUUUAGGAUCACGUAGGUUUGCUUUAACUUGCUUUUCAGCUAACUGUGGUAUGGAUGCCUUAUCCUUUGGCUUAUGUUGUAAAUAGGACCUUGUGCCCAAAAUAUUCUUCAAAGCAGUUAAAAGCAGCAAUGCUGUGUAUUUACAGGGCUAAAGAGGUUCUAGCUUAACUGAUAAUAGAUCUCUUUUUGGUUUUUCCUGUUGUUGUAUUUAUGUUUUCAUUAGGUGUUUCUCAAAAGAGCGAAGAAAGUUCCAGGUUAAAGAACAACUCAGCAUAAUGCUUGGUGCUUUGUGGAGUCACCCAAGAAGCAGCUCAGAUUUCUAUAGAGGGCAGAUGUGCUUUCGGUCAAAUGAUGACACUUAUUUUCGAUUUUGUUUUCCAGUCUUGGCCUGCGUAUGAAGAUGUUCACGAAAAGACGCAGGCCCUUGCUGUAUACCUGAAGCUACCUUGUUUUCCAGAUAUAGCAGAGGGCAGCUUCCUUCAUCCAAACAUUCUGUGCAUGAAGUAUUUGAUGGAAGCCAACUUACCUGGUAAGGGCAUGUGGGGGAGGGAUGUGUUUUGUAACACCCAAUUUAAUGUUCACCCUAUUUUUCCCAACGAACAAAAAUUAUACAUUAUCAAGUCCUUUUAAAUAGCCUUUACUGUGCUAAUGUCGAAAGCACAUUCCGAUUUUAAUAAUAAUAAUAAUAAUAAUAAUAAUAAUAAUAAUAAUAAUAUAUUUAUACCCCGCCCAUCUGUCUGGGUUUCUCUCCAUAUGGCAAAUUCGGAGUUUUUCAUGGACCUCAAGUUGGUAGUGGCAUGGGGACUCCUAGGGCUUUAUAUUUGAAACUCAUGGCUGAUGCUCUAAGAUCUGUCAAACCAAAACAAUGGCUCAAAAUUUAUGAGUGAGCCAGUGUGGGACAGCAGCUUGAGCACUGAACUCGCAACUGAGAAAUACAGGUCCAGAUCCCUGCUCAGUGAAGAAGCACAGAACAGGGUUUCCCAAACUUGGGUCUCCAGCUGCUUUUGGUUUACAACUCCCAUCAUCCCUAGCUAGCAGAACCAGUGGUCAGGGAUGAUCAGAAUUGUAGUCCAAAAAAACAACUGGGGACCCAAGUUUGGGAAACCCUGGCAUAAUAGAUAACUUGGGAAAGUGACUAUCUAUUCGCCGAGCCUACCUCACCUGGUUGUUGUGAGCUCAGUAGACAGAAUGUAUGCCUCGUGGGUGUUGAGUUAAGCUUUCAAUUAACCUCUUCCCUGGUACUGUACUAAAAUAAUUAAAACAGUCACACUCUAAACCUUUUUGGUAUAUGAAAUCCUGUUUCUGAAUCCACUAGAUAUGAAAAUAAAACUUGACUAAAUAUAAGGACGGAUCAUUUCUGCAAACAUGUUACUUUCUUCACUGUCUCUUCUAUGUACCUUCAUAUAGACACACAUUCAUCUUCUUUUUAUUACAAGAAGGAGUUCAAAUACUUAAUCACUAGGGCAGCAGCAGAAUUAAAGGAAAGUACUAAAUGUUUUCCAGACACAUCUGCUUAAGUUUUAAUAACACAGCAUGAAAAAGAAGGUUGUGAUCCUCUUUACUGCUGAGUCAUGUUAACAGAACAAUUAAAGUCACUUAUAGCUGACCAUUUGAUUCUAUCCAAUCACUCCUCGGAGAAAAUGAGAGUCAUGGAAGAAAAAUAAGGUGUUCCUCAGUAUUGCUGGGUUCCUAAUAGUACACACCUAUGUAGGUUCGCUAAGAAAUAAGUCUCAUUAUGUUCAACAUGACUUCCUCUCAGGUAAAAUUGUGUAUAGGAUUGUACAUUUCAUGUCUUCCCUUUAGAUUUCAUUACUUUCCCUUUUACUAUGUAUUUUUAAUGAAACAGGAUUUUUUAGGUGCUUAAGUGAACAGGACUAUUGUUCUUAAAUCACUUUGAGAUAUAUCGUAAAGUUUCCACUACAAUAUAUGUAAUGUUUCCUGUUGAAACAUUUUAUUUUGGUCAUAAUUUUUGGAAGCUGUGGUUUGGAUCAGAGUUGGAUCAUUGUCAACCUUUAGUAUCCGAACCAGACUUUCUCAAUUUUGGGUCUGUAGAUGUUGUUAGUCUACAAUUCCAAUCAUUCCUAGCUAGCAUGGCCAGUGGUCAGAGAUUUUAGUUCAAGAACAUCUGGGAAAGACUGGUUUGGAUACCAAAAGUUGACAGUGCUCUUAGAAUUCCAGAUUUAAUAUUCAGUAUUAAUUUAUUCUUAGACUCUGCAUGCUGCUGCAGUAAUCAUAUUCAAACUUGCAUAACCUGCUGCUUACAGGUGAGAAAAUAGCCUAGAAAUAUGAAUAUAAAUAAACUAGAAUAGGAAGCAGGCUGUGGCAUGACCCUUCUCUUCUGCAGUGGAAAUUCCUCGCUCAUUUCAGCAUUAAUUAGGGCACAGUGCUGUUUGUCCCAUUGCCGGUAUUAAUCAUGGUUAGCUUUUAGCCAAGGAUUGAACUGUUUUGUUAGUAUUAGCUUUGGUUAUACCAUGAUUGAUGCUGAUGAAGGAGGGAGGGAAAUGACACAGCAGGGACGGAGUAGGAGCCCUGAACUUACUCAGUCUUAAAACCAUGUUUAAGAGAAUUAGGACUGCUAUGUUAUAAUGCCAGUCCUGCACGUACCUUUUGAAAAUUGCAAAGCACAAAUGGAUCUGAUUGAGGAAGGUUAUCCAAUCAAAGUUAAACCUUGUUAAGUUCCAUUGUCCUUAAUGCAGCACAGAUUAAAGCAGAGACUUAAUGUUCCAACUGAAAUUAAUAACACUUUGCGUCCUAAAUUUGGGUUGGAUCACAUCUUCACAUACAGCAAAAAUACGGUUUAAGUAGUACUGCUACCACAGAUCAAUAGGUUGCCUUGUAUUUUAACAUUUGUUCUUUUAAGAAAAGGUGCAUUUGUACUUCUUUUUUACGCCACUUUAACUGUAGCUACAAUCUUCACAUUGCUGUACAGGUGUCUUCGAAGACACAAGGAACACAAUUUCUUACUUUUCCAGUUUAGCAAGGAUGUCAUGAAUCAACUACCUCAUCAGAUUCCAGAGGGGUUGUCAGUAUACUCUGAAAUACCGCCAGCAUUCACCUGCCUAAAUUGUUGAUUCCUUUCCAUAAGCAGAAACAGUUCGUACACCUCACUGGUGACCCCGUUUGAAAGUAAAGCUUUCCCCCACAAACACAAUUGUGCACAUGUACACUUAAAUGACUAAAACAUGCUCAACUAAUCUACUAGGAGUAGAGCAACACUCACAUGUCUAUUAUGAACAAACAAAUAUAAAUAAGAAAAUGUACGAUAAGAAAAGUUAGGAAAUAUGAUUAUGACUGUGAUAUGGUUUUAUGAAAUAAUGAUAUUGGAAACUGCUAUAUAUAAUUACUAAGAAAUUCAGAUGGAAGAGAUUUGAGGAAGUCAAAUAAUAUGUUUAUGAAGAUGGAUCUUAACUAAUUAAUUAAAUGUUAGUGUAGUGAUGAUUUGUUGUAUUUUAUGGUCUACAUGUUUUCCUUUUUCUUUUUUCUGUUUCAUUCUUUUUCCUUUAUUAUUGUCAACUUUUUCUUUUGUUAUGUCUAUGUAUGGAAAAUAAUAAAUAUUAUUAUGAAUAUUAUGAACAAACAAUUUUUUUGUACCUUUAAAUACUUGCCAGCCGUGGCAAGACCUGGUGGAAGAGUAUUGCGAGCCAAAUGGGGAGGUCUGGCUAUCCUUAUUAGGUCUGGUUCCCCACCAUUGGACUGGAUAAACCUCCAAGGUUCGUUCCAACUCUAGUUCUUUGUGUUGGACUUCCAUAGCAUUUGAAGUUUAUCCUCCUCUUAAUUCAGAUGAUAUGCACAAGUGGGCGUGCAGAGUGGUUAAAAAAACUGGCGUUGGUGAAAUGGACUUCCUGACACUUCGUCCUGAGAAUAAAUCAGCUCAGAAUGUGAAAUACGAUAUUCUUGCCGUAGCUGUGGUGAUCGUGGUGCUGAAAAUGCUGUUCUUGCUGGAUGACCAUUAUGAAUGGUAAGUGUGUGCUGCCAUUAUAACAAACGCAAACUUACCGACUUAUUGCAGUCCAGGGCCACAAAAAUCCUAGACUGCUAUUUUUAUUACCGCUAAGGACUAGCUCAGUGGUUCUCAAAGGGUGUGGUGCGGCAGGAGAGGAUGGCAAGCGUGGCAGGAAGAUUUGAGGACAAAGAAAUGCUCAAACAUUUCAGUGCAGUAUAGUAUCAAAACAUGGUUUUUUUAAUUUGCAAAAUAUGGCUCGAUAUCUUUUCAAAAUGAGAGUAUCAAAUGGUACUGAGGACAGUCCUAGGUUGUGAUCCAGAAUCGCCGUUUGAAUAGAGUGCUGGAGAAUAGCAUUGGCUGUUCUUCUGCCGUUCUCCAACUCUGACCAAUAUGAAAGAUCAGAAAAGAGAAAGGCUUCUUUGCAUUGAUGAGGAGAUGAGAGUUCAUUGGUCUCAAAUUAGACCUAAUAUAAAUGACAUUACCUGGCAAAAGCAAGCUCACACCUCUCAUUGAGUUUGUAUAAACAUAAGAGGCUUGUUUAUAAUUAUCUUUUGGGAAUGAUUCAUCUUCUUACGUAGCUGCAUCGUUUUAUACUUUCUGGCUGUCCUGUGUUCUUAUGAUAAAGUAGUUGUGUUUUGUGGUGUGAAUUAAGCACUGCUGGGAGUUGUUUCUUUUUGUUUUCCAAUGUAUUUCUUAUCAAUGAAGAAAAUGGUGUGAGAUGAGUAAACUUUAAUUAUGGAAGUGUGGCCCAGAGAAAAAAAGUUUGAGAAUCAUUGGAAUAAACAAAUGGAACACUGAAUAAGAGAAAUAUAACAUAUUGCUUCCUUAAUAUUCAAUUUGUGUAUAUUCACAUAGCAUCUAGAAUCCGUUUUGCCAUUUCCCUCUUGGUCAGGCAGAAUAACUCUGCAGCACAGCUCUGAAAGGGUCUGGUCUUAUUUGACAUAGCAGUGGUUCAAAUGUUACUUAUCCCAGUCCAAUUUGCUUUAAGCUGUUUUCGAUGUCGUAUUUUUAAUUUUUGGAACCCUAUGGCUAAGGAAGGGUAGUAAAUCAUCCUCAUCCUUGUAAUGUGGAGGCAGAAAAGGAUGUGUUUCAAGCAGCGAGGGUUGCAAUACUUGUGUUGUGUUGAUCACAUGAGUGUCCAUGUCAGUGUUGAAACCCAUCCCCCCCACCAGAUGACAGUAGAUUCUUGUAUGAAGAUGUUCCAUGUAAGUAAAGCCCAAUGGUGUCAUGACCCUGGGGUCCGACUUCCCCUCUGGGGGAUGAGGCCAAGGAUUUGAAGAAAUAAUUGGAGGGUAAGGGUCUAUAUCCUGCAGACCUAGCCACUAUGGUCCCCAGUUAUCCAAGAACUCCAACAUAGGAGGAGGCCAUUCACAUGGGAUGAGCAAGGUUUGAACCAGCCCUUACAAUUUUAAAUUUUUAACCUAAGAGAUAAGGUCUUUGGAUUCAUUAGAGUGGCUCAGAUUUAAAAUAUGCUUGAAUAGUUUGAAAAAAUGGGGACCAUUUUUUUCAAUUAAAAAAAACCCUCUGAAUCUGUUGGAUAUAUUUUCAGGUUACUAGCAGACUAUGCCGAAGAGAGAAACAAAAGGAAAGAAGAAGGUACCAAAUACUUUAGAAGAAGCUUAGUAUAAGUUUUGCAUUGCCAACUAUAUUUUAAGAUGCUAGCGUACAUGCAAGACAGUCGUGGAAGCUCUUUCAGUAGAGUAUGUGAAUUGAAAAGAAAGUGUAAGUCAUACGAAUGUAUGAAAGAGCUGCCCAAAUCUACAUGUGAAAAAGGAGCUUUUUACAUUUGCAUGUGGCUUCCUAGCAAUAUCUGAAUGACUGUAGUCUCUUAAUUUUUAGAUGCAGAGGUUGCAUAGCAAAUGAUAGAAACUGACAAAGGCUCAGUUUCCAGAAACUCCAGUGCAGAUGUAAGAUAGCUCAUCCUUCAGUUGCUCUAAAGAGAUCAGGGACCGGCUGCAGGAUCACAUUCUUCCUUUCCUCUGUUCCUCUCUGUCCUCAUGCCUGUUGCCCUAACGUUUCCCAGCUGGCUUUAGCCUUCUUUAAACCUAACUAGUUUUCUGUUAACUUGGGUAGAUCAUUGCUGUAUUCCCAACUAUGUAGUAACGAUGUGGUCAGCAGUAGAUCUAGUCCCUCAAAUAAGUCUCACAAGAUGGUGUAAGGCAGAUCAUUUGGUUUGAAUCCCUCCUCCCUUGGAGAACAUCCAAGAAGAAUUGGAUAUCUGUUCAUACAAAUAUGCCCUUAAAGCUGGAUAUCCUAGAAUGCUGAAAAACGAAUGCAAUACUUUUAAUCGCAGCUUAACGAGAGUCAGUAUAGUGUGGUGUCAGUGUUAGAAACUGAGAUAUGAAAGCUAAGAGCUAAAUGGCACCUUAAAUGGCACCUAGGCUAGGGAUGCAACAGCCUAAUGUCCAGGCACAUUUUUUUAUAACAAGAAUACAAAGUUGAAAGUGAACUGCAGCUAAAAGAUUAUGUUCACUUUUCACACUGUCUAGUCCUCCCCCUAAUAUUCUUAAGAGGGUCUCUUCUCCAGUCUUCGGAGAGUAGCUGGAAGUGGGGAGGCAGAAAAAGGUCCUCCUUUCCUUCCGCUCUGCAGUUUUAAUCUGAAAUCUUAGGCGCAGUACUGUACCCAGAGCUCAGGAACCACUCGCGCUAAUGAAAUUCCCUGUCUCAAAAUGUGCCUAGAACAGUGGGAGUUUCGAACCCUGUAUGGUGUAUGUGGAAUUUGAUGUGGAGCUUUCUUGGUCUUCUCUUAUCUUGCGCAGAAAUAACGAGGCCACGCUGAUUUUAAAUUCAUUGAAAGAAGGAUGGAAUAAAAGUUAAAACUUAAUUCGUUCAUUUUCACUACAGGCUGUCCAGUGUUUGAUAUUCGGAAAUGGUACCUAGUUGUAAAGAAUGCUCUGGAUGUGGAGCAGAAGAAAUUUAACGAAGGAAGAAUCAGGUGUGGUGUUCAUAGGCUGACAGUCUCUGAUUUGGGUUGGAGAAAUUAAAAGGGUAUGAUAGCAAUGGGCAGUACCUGAAGAUAUGAAUUAAAAUGGGUAGACCCAUCUGUAAUGUCUUAGGAAAUCUCUCUUUGUAAAUGUUUUUGGUGGGUUUUUCUUUUUACUUCUGAUACCAUUGCUGACAUUUAUUUAUUUAUUUAAAGUAAAAGGAAUGGGAGGAAUAUUUUGAGGAAUGUAUGGGGAAGGCUUCUGUAGAAAGUAGCCUUGGUGGAGAGAUGAUUAAGCUCUGGUGGGAGGGGAUUUAGCACCACACUGCUAUUUCCCCUAAGUAGCCGCAGUGGUAUUAAUGGAAGAUAUUUCACUUUUGGCAUUUUUGGGGUGAAUGGUGAAACCAAACAGGUGAUUGUAUUCAACUGUUCUAUAACAGGUUUAGAUCAUAGUUAAGGAUAUGGUUGUUGUGACGAUAAUCCACCGUGUGUUGUCUUCUCUUUCCUCCACCCCCAAAUAUUUCUUUUUUCUUUUUCUUUUCUUUUUUUGCAUCUUCAGACAUUUAUGGAGAUGUGAGAAGCCACUAUUGUUUUUUGUCCACGAAACAUAUGCUUUCCUCAAGAAAAGACGUAAGUGAUUCCCUCUUCCUUUCCUCAAACAUGACUCUUCCCCCCUCCCCAUAGGUUGAAUUCAGUUCUUAAGAACCUGGCCACAUCUGAGGCAUAGGGAGAAAGGGGACUGGGAUUCUCAGUCUGGCAAGGAAGUAGGAACAGAACUACCAUCUGCCAUUAAGCCUUACACGGCUCAAAUAUGUAAUAUUGAGCCAUUCUCCCAGAAAGCAUUUUGGAAUAUUCUUGAGGCCUUCCUGACUCUGCUUCCUGCGCUGUAAAUACGGUAGAUUGACAGGUGCACUCUGGGGAAAGAGAGGAACCUGACAAAGACAAUGCUAGAGUUCCUUUCAGAAAGAAAGAAAGAAAGAAAGAAAGAAAGAAAGAAAGAAAGAAAGAAAAGGCCGGCAGGCCACACUCCUCUUUUUCCAUAUGUCAGUUCUUCCCAUGUGAUGUGUACAGCUGUUGGAGAUUAUUUAAACUUUCCAUUAAAGUUCCUGUCAUGAGACACCCAAAUUCUUCAAAAAGAUGCUACGUUCUGAUAAUUUUUUUACUAUCACCAGAAUUACUAAGGUUUUUGGAGAAUAACUUAUAUACAGCAUUUGGGUGUGCCUUGUGAAGUUUGCUUCCUUUAUAAAAGUCUUCCAGCCUUUAUUUCUUUCUGAAACAGCCUUUAAAAAUUUUUGUGGCUCAUUGUUACAUUUCGCUUUGUACAGAAAUGGUAGUGGACCUUCAAAGGCAGUUCCGAACACUGUCUGGUUCUGUGGAACCUGCUGAGAAGCGGAGCCCCUCAAGUUUCCAGCUAAACUGGACUGAGGAAGUAGAUUGUUUCCACGGGCACAGCCUGGUUGGGAUUUUGCAACCAAAAGGCGACACAUUAACAACUCUGAACAGAAAGUAUUGGUUGUGUACGACUGCCCUGUGCAAACGGAAGUAAGUGUUUGACAUCCCUGUAGAAAAUGUGUGCUAAAUGUGUUAGCAUUUGUAGAAGAAGAAUUGUAGAAUGUGUUGACUUGAAUAUAAUAAUACUAAUACUAAUAAUUUAUUAUUUAUACCCCGCCCAUCUGUUACAUUAUGCUGCCUUUCAGGUAUCCUACAUUUUUGCCUUUUUAAAAAAAAUUAUUCAUCACCAGUUUGGAAGAAAGAUACAGUAUUAUGAACAAGAACAUAUGGGAGAGGACAUUAAAGUUAGCUUAAGUAUAUUAAUCACAACAUCCUUUAAUGAUAGAUUUCUUGUUGAACAAUACAUGUUAUUCUGCCAGCAGGCAGUGUGAGGUGGAAGACAUGAGAGAGAGAGAGAGAGAGAGAGAGAGAGAGAGAGAGACCUAAAAGAUUUGCAUACAUGCUACUUUAUUGCUGGAAGGAGAACAGAAUUCAUGCAUUCAAGUUAUGAUUCUGGCUGCUGAAAAAUUUAAUGUGCUGCUUUUUGCCAGUUCUGUAGUGUUAGCGCUUUGAGGCUGUGCUGUGUCAAACCUUUAUUUUAAAUCAGAUUAAAAUGGGAUUCUGAGUAGCCUUUCCUAUGGUCAGUACCACUAUCAUUCUUGAUUGUGGCUACGUCAGAUAGAGAGAUUGGCUCAGGGUACAAUAUAGAGUAAGCACUUACAAAAAAACCUUAUUGGGUAGUAGACCUAACCACAUGAAAAGGUAGCCGGUAGACUGUGGCUAUGUAAUAAACCCAGAUUACCUAGUUCCUUUCUUUCUUGCAUUUCUAAGUGGCCCAGGUGUUGGUCACCUCUGUAGUACGCACUUAAAACUACCAGCCAGUAAAGCUUUUAACCAUCUUCCAUGGUUAAGAGAUCAGAAGUAGAUUUUAGAAUUGUGAACCUCAUUUUUGGAAGAAGAACCAAAACGUCUUUUUUGCUUAAAAAGAUCAAUUAUAUAUACUUCUAACAUCCUCUUGUAAUUUUCCACAUAAGUUAGAACCAAGAGAGACACAUUUGGACUCUGGAAACGUUUGUCAAGAGAAACUUCCUUCUCCUAAUUGACAGAAGCAUGUUUUCCUUACUUAGUUCUUAGUACUGGUUUUAGUCUGGUACUGCUCUUAAACCGAUGCCCAGUAUAUUCCAGGGGCUAGAAAGCUGGAGAUAGGUGUUUGUUUCAUCUUUUGUAUCCUGCCGUUCUAUCAGCAAGAAUCAAAGUGACUUCCAAUGGAAUAAGACAGCGUAAAAUAUCAUCUAGGAAAGACUUGUGCAACUGAGCUUCCUUUCUCCUCUCUUCUUCCCUGCAGCCUGUCAUGCACCCUCAAAUAUCAUGCACCCUAAGAGUCUGCACCCAGAUGCUUGGGUGGCCCUGUGAAGCAAAUUUUGGGGUCAUGUGGGGAGAGGAGAGGAAGGAGAAGUCCUGUUGUGUAAUCAGAUUGCUGCUGCAUUGGAUACAGCCCCUAACUUCUAAUUCAGGCACACAAACAGUAGCACUGUGGCUUCUUAAAACCCAAACAGCUUGGAGUCUGCUGUGCACACACACACACAGCUGUUUACGUAAAGCAAUCCACUGGGUGCUCAUGAUGGUUGGAAGAGCGAAACCAGCAAAUUUGCACAAGAGUUAUUGAGUGCAGCUUGCCAUGUGUAGCAAACUCUUUGCCGUUUAUAUUUUGAGCAGCUCCCACGCCACACAUUCCACUGCUUUGUGUGAACAGGGCUUUAGAAUGGGUUUCUUUAAAAAGUAAGAAUCGGGUUCAAGGUCUUCCGCAUUUGUGAAUUCUUUGUACGACCGUGCCUAAGUUUCUGUCUCUUUGAGAGUGAGUCGCCUAUCUUUAAAGCAGGGAUCAUGAGGCUCAUCAAGGUUGUUCACAAAGCAAGCAGAGCAAACACUUACAAAACACUUUGCAGAUUACAAGUGCUGUCUAUAAAUGCUUAGCUGUAGUGGUACAAGAAGAGCUUGAAUAAUGAUAGGAUGUGUACCCGUUUUUCUGGAUGUUGUAAUUUGGAAUAAAUUUGUGGGCUGUUUUCUAUUUUUUCCCCCUUUUCUAGGACGUGUGGUCAUUUGGCAUACUUUAAAGAGUCAAAUUUUCCUCAUUCCUACCAGUUUGUUUUAAAUCUGUUCUCCUUCAUCCUGCGGGUGAAGCCCUCUCUCAUCCAUGAAGAAGUCUGCGCGAUUGAACAUAAACUCUUCUAUACAGAACUUCGUAAAAAAUCCAUACUCUCCAAAGUUUGAAAAGGUGGAAAGCUUUAAAAACCAAAGACUUAUCUCAAGAGAGCGAAGACCUUCAGUAAGUGCAAUAACCUAUACGGAAAAUUCAUACUCAUUAAGUGAGAUUUACUGACAUCAUCACAUUAAGACAGAUGCAGCUGCUCUGCAAUUUGUUCGUACUUCAGAUGUCACGUUCCUAGUCCAGCUACCACAGUUUGUUGGAGCAGAAACAAAUGCCACGUUGGGCUGCUUCAUACAAAAAUACUUUAAAUCAGUUUCUCGUUUGCAUCCAGACUGGGAAGCUUUUAUUGCAAACCACAUUUAUUAGAUUGAGAAUGCGAUGUCUGAAUUGGACCUUACAGUUUGUUGCAGGGUGGAUGAUAAUGUGAUCCACUAAACUAAACACUGUUUUCCCCCAGUGAUAUUGUAAAAUUUUCAGGUGUUUUUAUACAUUUUGAACUUCUUGUUCGCUAUUGUAACAACAAAAACAUAUUGACGUAUUUUGAAAUAAACCUCUCUUUUUUUCAAACGAAGUUGCCAUUUAGCAUUCCUAAUGCUGUGAUCCUACAAUCUGAUGGUACCUUACUGGUUUAUCAGUGGUGUUGGCUGCUCCAUGAGGCAGAGAGCCAUCUGCUUCAGGUGGCAAGUUCUGUGUUGCUUAACAUUGUAUUCCCUCCACACCCCAGUUUAGAAUAGGAGGGGAAUCCACUUUGAUUUUUUUUUUUAACCUCAGGUGCUAAAAUGUAUUGAUUGGGCUUGUGGAAUUCCUUUGGUUCUUUGGAGAUUUGUAAUGGCAUAGGAAUGUAGCCUAAUAGUAGUGAAUAAAACAAAUUAUUGCGUAAAUCUCCAGUCCUGUUACAGUGAGCAUCUUACCUUUAAUCCGGCCCAAUCGUAAGGCCAGCUAAGUGUAGUUACAGCUUUGAAAGCCUAUGUUCUUUGCCUGUCUGCAUCAGCAGUGUGUUGUCUCUAAUGCUUCAAAGAAGUAAGGUUCAGUGCACCAAUCCUGUUGACAUUUUGACUUCAUUGGAUGGUUAAAACAAAACGCUUUGGGUUGUUUUGUGUUUUUUUGUCUUUUUCACAAUAAAAAAUGUGAUAGACUUGAAUGAAUGAAUAAUACAA